UUAUUUAUUUUUUUUAUAACUCAAAUUUGAAAAAAAAAACUAUUCGAUCGAAUACUAAGGGUGAUUUUUAUUUAUUCGAAUUUUGGUGUGUUUCUUUUCUCGCUAUCGAUUCUUCUCAUCUUUGUUAUCUGGUACCGAUUUGUGAUCGUUGCUCGUGACGACAAUCCAUACCCGCAGGAGUUACCUACCGCCAUCGACCCACUUUAAUGUGAAUCCACACGCUCCGAUCGAUGACCGUGUAUAUAACUGUAGGGAUACGCGAAAGGCCAUUGCCGCGCGAUCGUCUUUCUCUGGGAGAUCGCGGAUAACAUUAAGAGAACGGUUACUAUCGUACGGACCUUCGUACGGAAAGGAUCAGCGACAAAGUGUGUUGUGCUUUGAAAAUCGAUCGUAAUCAAAGUGACUUGUUUUUCCAUUUUUUUGUUUCCAAAUUUUUAACGCGCCACAUUGAAACGUGCGUAGAAUUUUUUUUUAUAUAUUUUUUCUCUUUGUUCUUUUUUUUCUCUACAUUUGUCGACAAUUUUCUUGAGUUGGAGGAGCAAAGAUAUAUUUAUUCAUUUUUAUCGAGACACGUAUACAUUUUUUUUUAAUUCCUUCACGAAUCGCUUAAUAUCCGUCGCGCGUUAUAGACUAUCCUGAAGAAACUGUUUACAAAGGGAACAGGAGUAGUACCUGUGAUUUUCUUGGAUUGCAGAUCAAAUGUAAGUGCGCGUGUGUAAUCGUGUGUGCGUGCCACCAGCAGUAGCCGAAGAAUCGCCCGUUGGUCGGUGUCGAAGAGAUUUGGAGAACAGAAAAUGAAGGCGACGAAUUUACUCGUCCUUUCUUGCUUGAUUUUAUGCACCUUCGUCGUGCCGCAUUUUGGACACCCUAGGAACAGGCCGGACUACUAUGGAAAACUUAUUGGUAACUUAAGGGUGUACGCUCAUGGCAUCAAGGGCACCGUAUACGCCGUUGACGAGAAUACAAUAUUCAUAAAGGGAUUCUGCUACGACGGCACUGGACCGGAUGCUUACUUCUGGGUCGGAAGCACAACGCAACCCACUCCUGAUGGAUUCAUCGUACCCUAUCCAGACAACGGCACUACUCAACAACCGGCUGUCCUCCGCGAUUACGAUCACAAGGACAUAAUUCUGAAGCUACCGCUGGGAAAACGGAUACGAGACAUCAAGUGGCUGUCCAUCUGGUGUCGGAGAUUUACGGUAAAUUUCGGAGACGUCUACAUCCCUUCGGAUCUGGAAGUGCCCAAGGCAAAAACUUUGUCGGAAUUCUCAAGACUGGCACAUGGAUUACGUAGUGAAAAUAUAACCAUCCUGGACAGUAAAACAUUCUACAUUCCAAACUUGCACUACGAUGGCGCCGGUCCUGACGCUUAUUUCUGGGUUGGAACUGGACCGGAGCCUACUUCAUUAGGUACCAAGGUGCCCAACGAGAUGGGAAGUCUGGAACCAUUACGAGGCUACCAGGGUGAGGAUAUUGAGAUUGUCCUGCCAGACAAUCUUACUGUAUACGACAUUCAGUGGUUGGCAGUCUGGUGUGUUCAGUAUAGGCACAAUUUCGGACACGUCCUCAUUCCCAAGGACCUGGACGUACCGCCGGCACUGGGACAGACCAAGAUAACGACCACCACGUCCAUGCCCAUCAAACCAAAGUCGACCAACUGUAAAGAACUGCUUGAUGGCCGAGUACAAGUACAAUGGAUUUAUAUGGGCGAUGACGUGGAGAUAACGCUAUCAGGUCGAAUCACGGAAAACGAAUAUAUAGCCUUUGGAUUAUCGGGUCGUGAAGGCAAAGCGGAGAUGGUGGACGGUGAUGUAGUCGUGGUGGGUUACGACAGAGCCACCAGGAGCUUUUUCGCAGAGGAUUAUUACAUGUCUGACGUGGCACAAUGCGAUGGCAAGAGGGGAGUCUGUCCGGAUGAACGGGUUGGCGGAAAGAAUGAUGCUACUUUGAUUCACGGUGAAAGAAACAAUGGGAUAACAAAAGUGACUUAUACUCGGCCCAUGAGGACCAACGAACUUGAAAAAGAUAAGAUCAUCCCGGAUACCGACACCAGCAUCAUAGCAGCAAUAGGACCAUUGAAUUCUCGUCGUGAAGCCAAUGCUCACAAUAAAAUGGACGUGACUACUGAAGAUAUUCGCAUAGACUUCACUUCGACGAAUGAUCACUCCUGCAAGAAUUCUCUCUACGAUUUACCAAAGAUCUAUGACAUCGAUGCUUGGCCACCGGCUAAGCUCAAUGACGACACGUUCAGCGCGAGAAUCGGUCCCACUGGUGGUAAACGAGGAUACGAGCGUAUUACAGGUUCACCGUCCUGGGGAAUUGCAUGGUAUAUCAAUGAUCUCCUGAUACCAGAGUUGACUGUAACAAGAGGUCAAACCUACACGUUCAUUGUAGAGGGAGGAAACAGUCCAACCAAUCCUGCUAGGUAUCAUCCCUUAUACAUAACUGACAGUCCCGAGGGUGGCUACGCACAGAAAUCAGAAGCUGAAAGAACCAAGCACAAGGUAUACGCUGGCGUCGAAUUUGAUAAGGAGGGUCAGCCUUAUCCCACAGCUGCAGGACGUUACUGCGAAUGGACGCACAAGACCAUCGACAUGAGUGCCGAUUCCAAGACGUUCGAGAGCUUCUUCGAGACCCUGAGACUCGAAUGUGAACAAGGUGAACCUGCCAAGUUGGUCUGGACCGUUCAGGAGGACACGCCUGAUCUUGUUUAUUACCAGUGUUAUACGCACAAUAAUCUCGGAUGGAAGAUUCACGUAGUGGAUCCUGGACAGAACUCACCCAUGAACGGUCUUGGUCAACGCGUGACCGUAACUCCGUUAAGUAUUUUCAUCUUCACCCUCGUCACUUCGUUACUCCUAAGAUGAAUCGACGAAUUGCCAUUUUCAUCAAAUACAAUAAGUCCUGACGGAGAAUAACUGACGUAAGAGCAAAGUAAACUGAAUGCGACUACAGGGAGGUACGUAUUUCCGGUUCGAUUGGAUGGCGCACACGAUUGUACAUUUAAACCGUUUAAAAUGAUACAAGGUUGUAAGAAAGUAUAUAGUUCGUAAGAUUUAAUUAUACGUAAAGAUUAUGAAGAUAUUUUUAAGAUCUAUCAAAUUCAAUAUUUCAUAUUAUAAUAUACACGCGCGUAUAUAUACAGUAUAUCGUAUGUCAUGAGCAUAUACCAUAUACUGUAUACAGGAUAUAUAUAUAUAUAUACCAUAUAUAUAUAUAUAUAUACACACACACAAUGAUACAUAAAUUCGCGAUGUAAGAGUGACAUAAGAACGAUCGAGAUUGCGACAAUAAUGAGAAAAAGAGUGAGUGAAAUCUUUUUGACAAUAAUAAUAUCGAUUACGAUGAGACUCCAGAUUAAUUCAGACAAUAAGAGCGAUACUCUUUGUCCAGCUUAGCUGAAGGUUAUAAGUGAAGGUAUGGGAUAAUGUGUUUGCGGUUAUCAUUUUCAAAAAAUUUUGAAAAUUAUCAGAAAGUACUGUACUCGCCGAGAUUCGUUAUCACGAUAAAGAUACGCGAUGCAUCGACGGUACACAUGUAAAUUUUGCACAAAGGCUAUAGUUGAAUUUACGUAAGUUUAAAGUCAGGUAGUGAUUAAGGUAAUUAUAUUUACAAAUGCUGUCUGUUUGACAGUAAUCUAAUAUUGUAGUAAGACGAGUAUGUCGAAAAAAAAUCAGAGUUUAAGGAAAGUACGAGAAAGCAUUAAUUUGUGAAACUUAAAAUAACAAAUAACAACGGUGAACGAUUAGCAGAAUAAAAAGAGAAAAGAAGUGUAUGGAAUAUGGACAUAUAUAUACUAUAUACCUACGCAAACGCGCCAUUAUGUAUAUAAUAGAAUGGACCUUCCUAAAUACGGAAUGAAAGUAUAAAAUGUGCCUUGGGUGCAGAUAUUAAAUGUCUUAAAGUUAUUCUUAUUAGGCCUCAUUCGGAUCACGUGACAAUCCGUAAACCUGGAGCUGGGCCCCUUGGCGAUGACGCGCGGUUAAUUAUCAAAUGAAAAUUUUAUAUCUAUAACUAUCUGUAAUAUAUAUAACAUAUGCAUGUAUAUUUUUUUUAAAAUCACAAAUCCAAAACACCCGUCUAGGUAUGUACACGCUUUACUUUGCAUCGAAUUGAGAGAGACAUAUCCAUUAUUGAUACGGUCGUGUCGUUAUUGCCGCUCUGUUAUCCGCAGGAGACUCGACAAGGGGUAUUACUUUUUUAUUUCUUGAUAAAAAGUGCAACCAAGAAAUCAGCAGAAUACAUAAUCAUAAUCAACCUAGAGUAUAGAUAGUCUAGCGUGUAUUAUAUAAAUGUUAUAUUAAUAUAUUUUUCUUUAAACGUAUAUCCAGCUCCAUGGUUACGACGGUGAUGUCUUCAAAAUUGUUUGAAAAAAUAAUAUUCACGAUUAAUACAUGGUUAUUAUUAUUAUUCUCAUCAGCGUACGAAGACCAGUAUGUGCAUGAAGAAUGGUCGCUCGUUAUUCUUCGAGUAUCUGGCUUUUAAUGAAAAAUGUGCGUCUCUCGUACGAAGAGGCGUCAAGAUCUAAGUAGAUAAAUUGAUUCUGAUAAAAGAUUUUAGGGGGUCUGAUUUAUUUUGGAGGCAUUAAUCGUCAUUGUUUACAUAUAUUUCAAAUGUGAAUUGGUAUUUACGAUCGACCAUUGUAACCAACAGAAGCGGAUAAUUGUUCCAAGGUAACUGGACAUUUACAAAGACGAAUCUCUGAAUUUCGAUUAAAUCUUUAGCAGAUAUUCAGAAUGAAUUUAAUAUAAGAAAUGAAGCGUAUUUGAUUUGUGAGUUAAACUGUUUCUAAGAAUUACGUAGCCACAAAAUUUUCAUAUCAGGCUUGUUCUCGUUACCUACACGUUUUGCACUUUUCAAAAAGUGCAAAUUCUUAUUGAAUGAUAUUUUUAGGUAACCAAUGAGCACUUACCCUUUUUGACAAGUGCAGAAAGUGCAGGUAACGAGAACAAACCUAUUGGCAUAAAACACUUUUCUCUGGAUGUAACGGUGCAGGGAUAAUUAUCGGUUCAUUCGUAUCGAUUGUAUGCAGUUGGGUUAGGGUUUUAAGGUUAGGGAUCCAUUUGUCGGUCAGUUAUGGAUCUUCGAUCAAGGAUUUGCAAUUCUCUUAUUUCCGUCAGACGUAAUCUUGCGAAAUACGAUAACGGUAUAUCUAUCUGUUUACUUCGUCGUCAGCGGAUUUCACGAAUAUUUGACAUAACUUGGACAUACAUAUGUAUGUAGAUACAGCGUCACAUUCAGACUGAAGUAUGGUACAGAUUUAAAAAUUUAUUAAAGAUGGGAAACAGUGACCACAAAAUUUGACAGCAAUUUUAUCUUUGACACUGUACAGUGUACGUCAUUUAGUAGCAUGUAAGAAACGACUAAAUUUGUAAUUAAUCAGACAAUUCUGUAAUAGCCUUUGCAGUUUGAGCGGUAAAAUUAAAUAUAUUUGAAAUUAAUGACGUGAAGUUGCUACAUCACUCUUGAAAACAAUAUAUCGUUCGAAUGUAUUGAUUUCUUAUAUUGAGCUAGUUUGAAUGGCUGUAAAAUAAUAUCGUGAUCGAGAAAUAAUUAAAUGACAAUAAGAUUUAAUUCUUUUUUAAGAUCGCAAUUCUCAUGGGACAAUAUUCGAUUGUCAACUCGAGACAAUAAUUAAUAUUAUCAUUCUUUUACCGAGGUUGCGUAUUGACCUCGCGUUUACACUUACCUUUUGCUUUUCAUAUAUUUUCAUUAUUACUUUACGACACUGUUUAAUCUUCCGGAGAUUGACGGAUUUUAGAUUUUAAGCGGAUAAAUCUCCUACUUCUGUGAGCAUGACAAUAAUUGAAAGUCAACUUCCCGGACAAACGAUAUAACGGGCUGCCGUGUAAGAACAUUCGAGGAUACGUUUAUCCUCUUCGGGCGACCUCAUUGAAACUUCUUAUUGCAUAAAUCAUUAAAGAAUUAUAACUAAUUGAAAAUAAUUGCGAUCAGUAUACUUCAUGUAAGGUCAUCUCUUUGUAAUUUUACAUCAUGUGCACGAGUGUACAGUUGCGGAUUUGAUUCCUGCUUAAACUAUGUACAUAUGAUUGUGGGCAUAUCUAAUAUCCCCAUUUUUUUUAAAUAACCAAUUUAAAUCAGUAAGAUGACAUUAAUGGUAUUACGCAUUAAUGAUUUAAUAAUAGGAUACAAUGUACGGAAAUUCUAUAUAUAAAUAUAUAUGUGGACACUAAUUUUUUACACGACAGCCUAACCAAUGUCCGGGGUUGCUGUAGCUCGUAAGAAGCAAAUAAAAUAGUCUUAGUAAAUAAGUGAACUUCGUUUGCUAAUAAUGCGUAAAAAUAAUGUAUAAAACUUGUAAUGAUGAUUAGGUAACGGAAAUGAGAGGGAGGAAAUAAGUAGAAGCAAAAAUUCACUAUAUAUAACGAUCGUGACAGUCAUUGGCGUUUCGUACACUAUUUCGGUAUGAGGAUUUUUUAAUUGAUUUGAAAAAUUGUAUCAAUAUGGUAUAUCUUCAAUAUUUAUUAACUUGACUAUUAUCAUUGUUUGACAGUAAAAGCCAAUUAAGUUUUGUAAUGGUUUUGGCGGAUUUUAAACAUUAUCGAGUAUACGCAAAUGGCACAUUGAAAAUAUGAGAUUCCAUUUUGGACAAUAAUAAACUUACGCAUCGCCGUGGCGACGCCUAAUGGGACACUCGUGGACGAUAAUCAUCGCCCUUCCAUCAUAGGGUCAAAUUAGGUUGGAUAAGCUAAGGUUUAAAACUAAGGAUAGUUUGCACUAAGUUUUAAUCGAGAAGAAACGUAAAAUUAUUGUCAAUAUGGGAAUGAAUGUCUGAACGUGCGUAUUAAAUGAAUAUUGCGAGGAAAUUCUCGUCCUAAUUGUGAGCUUGAAAAAUCUUUUUCGAAGGAUGCAUUGGUUCGUCGUAAAUUUUGUCGAUGCCUUUUAAUUUAUCUUCUAUAUGCCGCGGGGGCAAGUUAUAAAUACGCUAUUAGGAUGAUUUUCAUCUCACCUUAGUGCUAAGAAGUAUGAAACUUUCAUGUGAAUAUUUUUUCUUAAGAAAUUUCAUCCUCUCUUGCGCUACAAUAACUCCUUGUCUCAGCCAAUCGAUCUUGUAGAAUCCUAUUAAAGAAAAAGAACUAGAAGAAAAAAGAAAAGGUUUCAAAAGUUUUUAUUUCGAGCAUUGAAAUAACGUAUCAGCAAUUCUUCAGUGAGAUAUCCUUCGACGAAAUAUCAAAUUGUCACGUAGAGUUGUCGAAAAUUGUCAACCAUUUUUUUUCAACGUUUAUGUGUUAGGCUAGUCAAAUUAACAAAUAACGUAUUAAUCGUAUAAUCGAUACAAUAAGAAUCGAUCGGAUUGGCAAGUGUCUGAUACCUCCUUCCAUCUGUAGAAACUUGUUGGAACUCUACAACGUUAAGAUCUUAUUUACGAUUAACGAAUUGACGUAAAAUUGUUAAAAGAUAAAUACCAACCACCAAUACGGUUAUAAUUGUCAAAUAUCUUGCAGUAAUUUAAAGAUAAGAAAAUUACGCAAUCGAAGUGCGAAGGAGGUCGGUAUACAUCUUAGAUAGGAAUAACAAACGAAAAAUUCCGAUCAUCCGUUCUUGAACGAACACCUCUUACUCGAAAACACUGCAUGCAGAUUACAAUACAAUUGAACCUUUCUUUUAUUUUUCUUUACGAAUAAUUAUAUAUUAUCGAUCCAUAUUGAAAGCUUGCUAAGCUCGUUCAUCAUCGCUGACACGAUAGCUUGUAACGGAGAAAAAAAUAAAAAUGAUACAAGAUUAUUGACGUGUAUGCGGAUCGAAUGUGUUCGUUGAACCAUAUUUAUAUACUCCAUUGUGGAAAUCUAUGGACCGUUUAUUAAUUAGAUUCACGCUGGUUGAAUGUUAAUUUCUUUAUAUAGUCUAUACGUCGAAAAAAAGAUAAAGUUCGCUCGUAGCAUGCGUGUAUUUUGUAUGAGUACUGACGUUUUGAUUAACCUUUAUAUUUCUUUAUAUACAUACAUUAUGCUUUACAUUAUGAGAAAUAUGUAAUAAUUGCUGUUAUUAACCACCCCUUAUCGUUGCUUAAUGAUAAAUUAAAUUUUAUUGACUGUGAACUGUUUGAAAAAUUGAGAUGCGAUGCUUAUACUUAUUUUGGUUCAAUCGUCGUUAACUCUCAUCCGAUAAUAUUGAUUUGAAAAUUUUUUCGAUAUUGUAGCAAAAUACACGUCUGCUACUGCCAAAGUCUGGGACGUGUACAAAAUACGUGAGCUUGAGGAUUAUUGGACGCUGCUUGAGAUUUUCUAUGAGAAUUCUCACUGUUGGUAUUUUUGAAAGAAUAAUCGUGAACUUUGGAUACUCUCACGUUUCACGGAUUCAAUACGUCUCGAUUUGGUGCUGCGAAUUUCAACGGUGGGCU